CACGGAAGCAAAACAACGUUCGGUCCUAACGUUGCUUCUGUCAGUUUCAUCUUACAUUAAAAAAAAAACAAAAACAAAACGAAAAACUUUUCGCCGCUGAGUGCCUCCUCUCCACCGGGCUGACACAGAUGUCUGCUCCUCCGGCAGGAGAUGUGGUCAAACAGUGGGAAAGUGAGCAGGCCCGUUUGAGACAGCAGGUAGUGGAGGAGGACACUGAGGACUGGCAGACGAGUCCGGACUUCUCGGGCCUGGAGAGAGUUGGUGGAGUGGACCUCUCCUUCAUCAAAGGGGACGACAUCAAUGCCUGCGCCCAGCUUGUGGUACUCAGCUACCCGGACCUGGAGGUGCUGUAUGAGGACAGUCAGAUGGUGACCCUGAUGGCCCCCUACAUAGCUGGCUUCCUGGCCUUCAGAGAAACCCCCUUCCUCCUGGAGGCUCUGCAGCGGCUGCAGAGGAGCCAGCCCAUGCUUCUCCCUCAGCAGGUGGUGUUUGUGGAUGGGAAUGGUCUCUUCCACUACAGAGAGUUUGGCCUGGCGUGUCAUCUGGGGGUACUGUCAGGGCUGCCAUGCGUGGGUGUGGCCAAGAACCUGCUGCAAGUGCAGGGUGUGUACAAGAGUGAAGAGCACCAGUCACAGCUGGCGACAGCCGUGGCCGGAGGCAUUAUGUUAUGUCCGUCCGUCGCGCCAGUUCUCGUUAACGUGAUAUCUCUGGAACGCCUUGCGGGAAUUUCUACAAAUUUGGCACAAAUGCUCACUUGGACUCAAGGAUGAACCGAUUCGAAUUUGGUCGUCAAAGGUCAAAGGUCAAGGUCACCUUCACCUCACAGGCACCUUUUGCACACACUGAAGGAUCUGAGUCUCCUCAGUCCUUCCUGAAGAGGACUUCAGUGUUGUGAGUCCAGUCCAGUUUUUUAUUGAUUUGACCUGUAGGAGUCAAGCCUCUUCGCUUCCUCUCCCUGAAUGACAACCGGGACAGGAGGCCUAAUGUUCCUCUGGUAGUCCACCGCAACCUCAUUGGUUUUGCUGAUAUUGAGCUUCAGGUGAUUGUCGUUGCACCAUAUGAUGAAGCUCUCUAUCAGUCCUCUGUAGUUCUCUGUAAAAGUAUGCUCUACACAAAGACAGCAUGUUUCUCACUGGAAGUUAUUCACUGGAAUCAUACAUGUCAACAUAGUGAUAACUUCCAUUUCACCAAGAAAUACACUUAAUACCUUUUAUUAAAUGCCUCAAAGUCUUCACUACAUAUAUGAGUCUGGACAGACAUGGAUGUAAACUACAAAUUGACUGGUUGGCGGAGGCAAUACAACUGCGAGGCUCUGUUCUGUGGAGGUUGGUCAUUCUGGUUUGUCUUACAGAACACAUGACUGUAACAAAGAUGCUGAAAAGCUGGUGUGCUGCUUCAUAUUUAGUGUUUCUGUUAGAUGUACACAAAUGCUUCUCUUGUAAAAGAGCCGCCAACCUUGACAAGAGUCAGUAGAUGAAUUAUUUAAGUUUUAAAAGUGUAAUCACUUUUUUUCUGUUGUGUUUAUUGUUAAAAGCGAAGAAAUGUCAGAGAGGGACGAAGGACAGAAGGACAGAAUCCGCAAUUGGUUAUCAGUGUGCACCUGUGUGUUUGUGUGCAUGUGAACUCACACUUACACGUCUAUUUGUACGUGCAUGCAAGUGUGUAUGUUGGUGUGUACUCUGUUUUGACAGUGUGACUUUUAUUGCAAGCCAAGGCCUCUUUGUGUAACUAAUGCUAAUGUGACUUUCUGAAUACAAAUCAAGCAGGAACAAAUACCUGUUGGUCAAAGUAUACCUGUGGGAAAGCAAAAUCUGGAUGUCAUUAAUAUGCAAAUGUUCACUUUGUUUCAGUCUGGAGCCUCAGUGACCAGUUGAGGCAAGAACAGAAACAAGUUAAAGUUAAGUCUGCCUGAUGAAUAGGCAUCUAGCUAAAUGUUGUUUAUUUGGGAUGGUUUAGAAUAAAUAAGUUAUUAUAAAAAAACACAUUAUAAAAAAAACAUGGUGUCCAAAAUCUUAUGCUGGGUCAUGAUAAGUAACUGGAUUAGAGUAUAUUUCCACCUGUGUCUUUGCCGUACACGUGAAGCAGGAUUUCUAUUAAAAAUACUUGCAUUUUUUGAUAAGAUUUGUACAUUUGUCUGAUUGCUACAUGUGGACUGUAGAUGCAUUUACACACCAUGUUGUUAAUGCAUGUGUCAUCCCUCUGGAUGAAAAAGGGGAUCUUCAGAGUUUGGAGAGUGUAACCUUUUCUUUUUUUUUUUUUUUUGUGCUCUGAUGUGACAGGCAGUGGUAAUAAUUGAACUCAAGCACUUUCCUUAAGGAAAAUGUCAAUAUGCACAUUCUUUGUAGAUGAUGUCGAUGUGUAGCAGGUCAGUGAUGGGCAUUUUCUAUAAUGCUGAAGGACAAGUGUUUUUCAGAUGGGAACCAGAGUGGACGGCUUUAGCAAUCAUCUGAUGACUGCUAACUCAAUUAGCAUGCAAUACACUCUCUGUUUAUAACCCUUACAGUCUUCAUGUAGUAGUGUAACAUGAUAAUUCAAUCUCUGUCGGAGUGUAUCCAUCUCCCUCAAUUAGUCUUAGUGGCUUUGGCGUCAGAAAAUGUCGGUUUGUCUCUGCUGUGGGAAGGAAUCUGAUCUCUUUGUGUUCACAGAACAUGGUCACGUCUGAGUAUGCAGUCACACACAUCUACUGAUACAGUCUGGGCCAAAGUGGCACGGACUUGUUCAUAUCAGGUAUCAGGUAGCAUCAGCAUUACACGCCCAUGCUGCAUCUUUGGGCUCUAGCGAUUAGCUUUGGAUCAGUUGCUGUGCAUGAAAUUUUAGAACUUCCUUCCCGUCUAUACUGAUGUAAUUGUCACUCUCAAGGGCUCCGUUUAAUUUGUCUACAGGCACGUUCAGAAAUGACAGGCCUGGAGUAAACUCCAGCUUUGACAUUUGAUCGCUUGGUGGGAAAUUAGCUUUGGAGUAAUUUGUGAAACAUGAGCCAUAUCAGGCUCUCUACCAAAUUUCAGAAAAUUAGCCAUUUAAAAACAAGGUUAGCCAUUACCGGUACACCGCCCUGUACCACUAACAAGCGAUACGCUGCCAUACUCAAUGAAAUGUCAUAGGGUGUAUCCAAAACAUUUCCAGCACACUGAGAGUUUAAAAAAAAACAAUAGGCAGUGUGAUAAGUGUUUCUGAAGGUUCCAGACAGACCUUUCUCUCUGUUGUGUGUGUGUCUUUAUAAGAUGCAGGGGCACAGAUC